UGUGUAGAACAACUGUAAAUCACAAACAACAACGUCGUUGUUUUGUUAGUCACAUCUUUCGCAGCAUCAGGAAUUAAAGGAAACAUUAACCAGCAAAAUAAUUAUAGCACUGCAGUCACUGUAGUCCGUAUGUUUUAUUGACUGACUAAUUUUUAGAAAUUCCUAAAUGUUCAUAGUUUAGAAAACGCGUAGAAAAUAUGAAGACUAAGAAAAAAUAAGGAAACGACAUUUACUUUCCUCGUCAUUCACGUUGACUAUUCUUCACAUCACUUAUUGCUGACGACGACCUUUCCUGACCUGACGACCUGACUGACACCACUAACGACGAUUACAGAGAAAACCCCAAGAUGUGGUCGCUCCUCAUUGGAAAGUUUCAAAAGGGUGCUUGUCGAUACCUCCUUCAUCGUUAUUUGGGCCAGUACCUGCGCGAAAAGGUCACCGUGGACCAGCUGACGGUGGACUUGUACAAUGGAACUGGCUCCGUGAAGGACGUUAACUUGGAUUGCGAGGCCUUGAAUGGUUUGGCAGAGCAACAUAACCUUCCUAUCGAGUUUGUGGAAGGAUCUCUCGAGGAAAUCAAUUUCUCCGUCCCGUGGUCAAAUAUUAUGCAAGAUAGUUGCGAAAUUAAGAUCAAAGGGUUGCGGAUCACACUUCAACCUAAAAGCAGGACGGACAACAAUGCAACAGGAAGCUCCAUGAUAGACUCAAUGUUUACGAGCAUGGCGUCGAGUAUGCAGUUGGCUGAAGAGUGCCUCAAAAUUAGUGAGGAUAUCGAAGAUGACCACGAGGGCGGAGGUAGUCAGGAAAUGUCUGGAUUGGAACAUUGUGCUAAAACUAUUGAUGCAGUCCUUUCUCGUGUCAAGAUAAGCUUCCACAACAGUAUAAUUAGGCUGGAAAAAUGCCAACGUGGAAGUGAUGUUGGAAUUGCACUAGAAUUCCAUAUUAAUUUAUGGGAAUAUUUCGACGAUUCCUCCACCGAAACUACUCGACCAGAUGAAAAUGUUUACGAGUCUGCCUUCUCUCAAAAGAAAAUCACUCUAGAAGGGCUCACGUGUCAUACGGAAAUAUUCAGUUCGAAACAGCACUUUGUACAUCAAGAUGAGGCUCAACUUUUUACAUCUUCAACAAUGUCAAAGAGCAAAGACAGUGGUGACGACAAUGAGAGUGAGGAUGGCGAACAAGAAGAUAAACCAGAACAACCAAUAACGACUGUCCAGAUUGGAAAAUUUUCAGGUGUCCAUGAGAUUAAGCUGCAGGUCAAGACAGACGACUCGAUGGCUGGCCCACAGGUCUCUGUAGAUUGCAGCCUUGGCUCAUUAAUUGCAUUACUGACUCCUCUUCAAGCCCAUAUUUUAUACGACCUCAUCAACGAAAUUGUGGAUCCUUCGGAAAAUACAAGUGAACGUGCCUUCAACCGAAGAUCUUGCAGUGAAAAACCAAUGGACUCUUACGAUUUUAAACGUGUUGAAAGGGAACUUCAAGAGCGGGCCAAACCAGAAAAUAUUGGGCUCACUGGCCUCUCACAACAUCAAGGAUGGUCUUCUGUUGGUUAUGAUGAAAGUGACGACGAGUUUCAACCCCUCAAGGGUCGUAACAUGUAUAACAGCUCAACCUCCAACUUUAUGAAUGCGUCUGUCGUGUCUAAUUCUUCUUUGAACUCGUCUAUGCAUCAAUCCAUGACUGACAGUCUCAAUAUCUCGGCCUAUAAAUCUGCCUACAAUUACUCCACGAGUCAAAAUGGCGUAUCAUCAUCAUCCCAAUCGAGUGGCUCGGAAAAGACAAAAUUUUCCAUCUCUUUCGCAUCGGUGUCAGUCCUUCUUCUACACGAAGAUAUUUUAACUCUUUCAAAGUCUGAUGCAAUCCUAGUGGAUAGUCUUGUCAAAAUGCAACAGAUUUCCAGGCAGUUUUUCCAGCAGCUGUACUACUUUGGGGCUGCGGUUAAGGGAGAAAAGGACAUUGCCGAAGUCCGUGAGAAGAUGAAUGCCGCUUGCGACCUGAGUCAUCAUCGCCUUAUUGGUGCACCAUUAAAAAUUAAGGGAAAUGUUCGAAGUACGACAUCAUCCUCCUUGGAGACGUUUGGCACACUUGCCGUGGGAUAUUUUGAACUGAUUGAGUCGCUCAAAGAUAAGGGGGCACAUCCCACCACGAGCACACCAAAUCCGGAAUGUAUUGAGGUCCUGACGUUCCCUCGAAAUUUCGACCAUGGGAGCACCCAAUCUUUAAAAAUGGAGUUUAAAACAGAGAGCCGCAAAGGAAAAAGUGUCCAAAUUGGAGGAAAAAGCAAGACCAGUUUAAAGUUCUCGUUAAAUGAGUGUCGCGCAGAGUUUGACAUUUCCAUCGUCGAUCGAAUCAACUCGCUGAUUAAUUCUCCACUUUAUUAUUACAUGAAACCCAAGGAUCUUCUGAACCCGUUGUUUGUGAACACGCAUCCUAUUCCGAGAAGCCAAAGUGUGAUCCGGAUAAAUGUUAAAAGUCCAAAUUUCACGUUAGACUUUAGAUUCCCCAUUCCAGAUUUGAGACCGAUUGACGACAACACCAGAAUCCCGCACUGGAUCCGGAACUUGCAUGAUGAUUCUAUCACUAUACAAAUGGAGGAAUUAGACUUCUCAACUGCAGUAGCUACUUCCUAUGACGUUCUAGAAUUUGAUACUAAAUGCCACGAGGCCAAAUUGUUUUAUAAGAAAGCACCUGGGGAAAUUCCUAUCCUAUUUGCAACUGCUUUAGCUGAUGAUCCCGAAAUUGAUGGAAUGUCCAUGCGCUCACAGGGAUUGGAUUGGCCCAGAGUUUUGGUAUGGAUCUCUCCAAGAGUGACAGCAGCCAUGGUGGAAACAGAGUCUGAUGAGAACGACACGCUGGACACUAUGAAUUUUAUGACAAUGCCAAAAAGGAAGCCAUCUCCAUUCAGUUCUAAGCGUAUCGUUCAUGAAACUUCCAGUUGUGAAGAUGACAACGAAUCAACUCAGGCGAGCGAGAGCGUGAUUCCUGGAGAUCGGAAUGAAAUGAGCGAGUUUAUUGAAAACACGAAUAAAAACGUGAUGUAUAAAAUCGAUCUCAACUUUAGAUUCGUGGAAGUAUCGCUCCCUUCGAAAAACUUUUUUGAGAAAAUCUACAAUAGGAUUGGAAACGACUUGCUUCUUUGGGAACCUUCCUGCAAUACAAAGCACCCACUACCGGACAGAUAUGACUUUAGAUCCCACGCACAAGCUGCAUUUUCAAUGUGCAAGUCUGCACUUCGAUUCGAUCCAGAUUCUGAUGAGGAAGCUGACACGACCGCGUUCUAUACUCCAUCUGGAAAUGCAAACAAGUCUGGGCGACAUGGUGGAGGAACGCCUUCAACUCCUCCCCCUUUGAGAACUGGUCAGAGCGAAGUUACCCUCUGUCUCUCCAUCGGAAAAGGAAUCAGCUCUUUCUACACUCCACUUCAGGAUGUAUUUGGAAACCCCGUUUCUGAUCAAAAAGGUCAAAUGUCUUUCAAAGUGGAGCAAGGGAACGUGUUCUUUGUUUCUGGUUAUAAAGGAGAUCCUAACUUGGGUUUUGUUUGCAUCAUUGCUCAAAAGGCAGAACUGCACCACUCUGAUUGUAUUCGAAAUGGAGAUCCAUCUCCACGCGUCACCUCCGAGUUAGUAAAAACCAUUUAUCCCAGCGAGGAAGGGAUGCUGCCUAGUCCACCUUGUUCCGAUUCUUCCAGCUCUGACAUGCUCUCCGUUGCAAUCAAAAUCGACCGUGAUUCAUCAAAAAAUUUGAAGGUGUUUAAAGUGGCCGCAGGAAUCCGCGAAGGGACUCUGGAUCAUAGAAUCUAUCUCCCCAAUAGGAACUGGUUCUCACAACUGACCGACUUUUUCGACGUUACCGACAUGCCAGUCAUUGGCUACACUCCCUCCGUUGUUCUUACAGAGUUGCAUCUCCACUUGUGGAAUUGUGCGGUCGACUACAGACCACUGCAUAUUCCACUCCGAUCCGUCCUCACAAUGGAGACGUUCUCCAUUUCCAGCAAUAUUGCUGCCGCAACGAGCACCAACGUGCUACGAUUCAUGGCUGAAGAUGCUGCAUUCUUUAUCAGUGCUAAACCCAACCCAUCCUCACUCCGAGACGACUACGUGUCAGUGAUGGACAUGGACUAUUUUGAACUCUCCCUCCGCCUCUGUUCCAACCGUAACUCUAAUGCUCCCAGAAUCGAUUUAUCCGCUGCCAGCAAUGCCCUUCACAUUCGAACUUGUAGCGACUCUUUCAAAGGCCUCCUGGACUUGCUCACGUAUUACACGCAUAAAGGAGAUCUCUUCGACCCCGCAGCCCAACGAGACACUGACAGUUUAUACAGUGGGGCUGGAGGAAGCCUAGGAGGCGGAGGACAAAACCUGUCUUGCUCCCCAAUAAAGGAAAGUUCUUCAGAACCAGCUCUCAUCACCACGGAGGAACUUCCAGAACUGGGGGAAAGGAAAAUGUCCGCCUCUCACUUGGAGCAUGUGCACGACCUGGUAGCCGAGGCCAUGCUCGAUGCUGACUUCGGGCGUAACAAAAAAGCAUCAAAAACCAAUUCUGGUACUCCCCAUCAUCGAAAAGAUUUUGGUGCAGGUGAAGUCAGUCAACAGCCCAGACCCGUCUACGACCUCCAUUUCGCUCCUGACUUUGGUGACGUGUUCCAAUGUAAGGAUACUGAUUUUUAUCAAAAUGACGACUCUGCAAGAAGCACUCCGCUGCCCAGUAUGCCUAUCAUGGAGUCGUCCAACGGACUCCCGAUCGAUAUUCAGCCUAGCGAUGAAGACGAGGAGGAGUUUUGCAUUUUGGAAAAUGAUCCAGGAGUUGGAAUAAUUCGCAAAAAUGGAGAGCCAGAAGCCAGAGUGUUAACAGACGAACCGAUUCGUCUUAUUGAGAAUUAUUUCACACCACCAGCAGGGAAAAUGGAUGCCCUGAAGGCUCCGAAACACUACCCCAGCCCAGUCGAUAAAUACUCUCUUAAGGAAAUGACGAUUGUGUGGCACUUGUACGGCGGACUGGACUUCGGGUUAACGCCAUCCAGAAAAUCAUCUGGAAAAAGUGAUGAAAGGGGAUCCUCGGAAACCGUGUACAGCGAUAGUUGGAAAGAGCAACAGAAUGUUCAUCAAAUGUUUUACGAACCUUCAGAAAUUGAUAUGGCCAUUGACGCCCUGAAUCCGGGCGUAGUCUUUUCUAAAACGAAAGCAUUCGAGAGCGCCUGGGAAGCAUAUGAAAGUCCAAAAAACCCGAGAAAGCAGCUGCCCGAUGGUUGCACUUCUUGGAGACAACAGGGUGGGAAAGGCCGACGACACGAUACUCUCGUCGAGCUUCACUUGAACAAGAUAAAAUUCGUGCAUGAAAUCUACCCCGAGACGACCGAGCAAGCGUCGCGUCAAGUGAUUUUGAUAAAUAGCGUUGAAAUUUUGGAUAAAUUAAGAUCUUCCCAGUUUAACAAGCUUGCCUAUCUCUACACCACACCCAACCGACCGAGACAGACACAUGCCAACAUGGUGAUGAUAAAAGCGGCUCAUAUUCGCCCCGAUCCACAAUUGGUCAUUGAAGAAUGUUGCCUCAAAAUAUCUCUGCUUCCAUUCCGUCUCAAUGUUGAUCAGGAUGCGUUGCUUUUCAUCUAUCAGUACUUUUCUGAUCUUAACGUCAAAUCCGAUUCGGAAGAUGAGGAUUCCAUUUCUGGUGGUCGAUUUACGAAUCCGCCAAGUCACACCCCUUCCUGCGAAUCACUUCCCGUGAUGACGGUUGGAGACUCUGCUUCAGGGACAGUCAACAUGGAAGAUGACUCCUCAUCCAAUCUUCUCAUCUUUAAUGAAGACCCCUUUGGCAUGGAUGACAAUGUUUCAACAUGUUCUAAAGAUCCCUCCAUCGAUUCUAAUAAAUCCUCUACCCCAAUUUACUUCCGACAAGUAAUAUUUGCUCCCGAAGUUCCAAUUCGGUUGGACUAUCGUGGGAAACGUGUUGAUAUGACGCACGGUCCUCUAGCUGGGCUCCUCAUGGGCCUGGCACAACUCAACUGCUCCGAAAUACGGCUGAAGCAGAUUUAUCACAGACACGGAAUUCUCGGAUUUGAUCGCUUGGUUGCAUUCCUUAUCAACGAGUGGGGGACAAAUAUUCAGAAGAACCAACUACCCAGCUUGCUUGGAGGCGUGGGACCCAUACAUUCUUUUGUUCAGCUGUUCCAAGGCGUCCGCGACUUGUUCUGGCUUCCGAUUGAGCAAUAUCAAAAAGAUGGCCGUAUAGCGAAAGGACUUCAACGAGGAGUCAACGCCUUCUCCACCUCGACAGCCAUGGCCGCCUUGGAAUUGACGAACAAGCUGAUUCAGACUAUUCAAGGAGCAGCAGAAUUCACGUAUGACAUGGUAUCGCCAGGUCCAAGCGUGCAGCAGAAGAGGAGACAAACCUCUUCGAAACGGAGGAAACGGUACACUCAACCGGGCGAUAUUCGAGAGGGCAUGACAAACGCAUACAACGUCGUUCGAGAGGGCCUGGGCGACACGGCACACACCAUAGUUCGCGUUGCAAGUAAGGAACACGAGCAGAAGGGAAUAUCGGGUGCAGUUGGCGGAGUUCUCCGACAAAUCCCACCUACUGUUGUUCGACCCAUUAUUCUCCUCUCUGAAGCCACUUCCAACGUCCUGGAUGGAUUCAGGUCUCAGUUGGAGCCAGAGUUUAAGAAAGAAAAUGAAGAAAAGUGGAAAGAAACGUAGCAUUCGAGUCUUUUGACACCGUCGCAUCAUUAUUUUUCCUAUAGGUUGCGCAACAACUAUGUAAUUCUCCUCGAUCCCAAUCAAGACUACGUACGUGAACACGUGAAUCAAUCAAUCAAUCGCAAUUGUAAUAAAACUAUACUUGUUUAAUAUUUAGUACAUCUUAUUUAUUUAUGAAUUUUAAGGUCGCAAUAAAAUAUCGGUAAACACAAACAAAA